AGUCUCGCGGGAUCGCCCAGCUCUCGCUCCCCGUGCGGCCCCGGAGGCGCUCGAGGCCCGGACGCUGUCCCCCCACCCCACCCCCACUGCACGCACGCCCCGGCUGUCUGAGGUGGCGGGGCCGCGCGACGCCGAGGGACAAGCCGCCUCCCCGGGCCGCCCGAGCAGUUGCCCCAGAACUCAUUUUCAGGAAACAGCUUCUUUCAAAAUGGUAAAAAGAAUGAAAUGACGAAUUUGUACAUUUUCUCUCUGACUUGACAAUCUUUUGAUGCGGAAAGGAGUAUAAGAGUAAUCGAAGCCAUGUGGUAAAAUCGGAAUCUGGAGAAGAUGGAAAUGUCCCUGUUCCUGUUGACGUGCCUUCUUCUGCCCCUCGUAAGAGGGCACAGCCUUUUCACGUGUGAGCCAAUCACCGUUCCUAGAUGUAUGAAAAUGACCUACAACCUGACCUUUUUCCCUAACCUGAUGGGUCAUUAUGACCAGGGGAUCGCUGCUGUGGAAAUGCAGCGCUUUCUGCAUCUUGCAAAUCUGGAAUGUUCACCAAACAUUGAAAUGUUUCUUUGCCAAGCUUUUGUACCAACCUGCACAGAGCAAAUUCAUGUGGUUCCACCUUGUCGGAAAUUGUGUGAGAAAAUAUUUUCUGAUUGCAAGAAAUUAAUGGACACUUUUGAGAUCCGAUGGCCUGAGGAACUUGAAUGUAACAGGUUGCCAUACUGUGAUGACACUGUUCCUGUAACUUCUGAUCCACACACAGAGGUUUUUGGUCCACAGAAGAAAACAGAUCAAGUCCCAAGAGACAUUGGAUUUUGGUGUCCAAAGCACCUUAGGACUUCCGGGGACCAAGGCUAUAGGUUUCUGGGAAUUGACCAGUGUGCCCCUCCGUGCCCCAACAUGUAUUUUAAAAGUGAUGAACUAGACUUUGCCAAAAGUUUCAUAGGAAUAGUUUCAAUAUUUUGCCUUUGUGCAACUCUGUUCACAUUCCUUACAUUUUUAAUUGACGUUAGACGAUUCAGAUACCCAGAGAGACCAAUUAUAUAUUACUCUGUCUGUUACAGCAUUGUGUCUCUCAUGUACUUUGUGGGGUUUUUGCUGGGCAAUAGCACGGCCUGUAAUAAGGCAGACGAGAAGCUGGAGCUCGGGGACACCGUCGUUCUAGGGUCGAGGAAUAAGGCCUGCAGCGUGGUAUUUAUGUUUCUGUAUUUUUUCACAAUGGCUGGCACCGUGUGGUGGGUAAUUCUCACCAUUACGUGGUUCUUAGCUGCCGGAAGAAAAUGGAGUUGCGAAGCUAUUGAGCAAAAGGCAGUGUGGUUCCAUGCGGUUGCCUGGGGGAUGCCCGGGUUCCUGACUGUCAUGCUGCUUGCUAUGAACAAGGUUGAAGGAGACAACAUUAGCGGCGUUUGCUUCGUCGGCCUCUAUGACCUGGAUGCCUCUCGCUACUUCGUCCUUCUGCCUCUGUGCCUCUGUGUGUUUGUUGGGCUGUCUCUCCUCCUAGCCGGCAUCAUCUCCUUAAAUCACGUUCGACAAGUUAUACAGCAUGAUGGCCGGAACCAAGAGAAGCUAAAGAAAUUCAUGAUUCGAAUUGGAGUCUUCAGUGGCCUGUAUCUUGUGCCCUUGGUGACACUUCUUGGUUGCUAUGUCUAUGAGCUAGUGAACAGGAUCACCUGGGAAAUAACGUGGUUCUCUGAUCAUUGUCACCAGUACCGCAUCCCGUGCCCUUAUCAGGCAAACCCUAAAGCUCGACCAGAAUUGGCUUUAUUUAUGAUAAAAUACCUGAUGACAUUAAUUGUUGGUAUCUCUGCGGUCUUCUGGGUUGGAAGCAAAAAGACGUGCGCAGAAUGGGCCGGGUUCUUUAAGCGAAACCGCAAGCGAGACCCCAUCAGUGAGAGCCGAAGAGUGCUGCAAGAGUCCUGUGAGUUCUUCCUGAAGCACAAUUCUAAAGUGAAACACAAGAAGAAGCAUUGCAAACCAGGUUCUCAUAAGCUGAAGGUCAUUUCCAAGUCCAUGGGAACUAGCACAGGAGCAACCACAAAUCAUGGCACCUCUGCUGUAGCAAUCGCCGACCAUGAUUACUUAGGGCAAGAAACUUCAACAGAAGUCCAGACCUCCCCAGAAGCAUCGGUGAAAGAGGGGAGAGCAGACCGAGCAAACACACCCAGAGCCAAAGAUCGGGACUGUGGGGAACCUGCUUCUGCAGCAGCGUCCAGCUCCAAGCUCUCUGGGGAACAGAAUGACAGGAAAAGCCGAGCAGGCAGCGUGAAGGAAAAAAGCAGUGUAUCGGAAGGGGCUCCAAGUGAAGGAAGGGUAAGUCCAAAGAGUGGCGUUCCUGAGACUGGCCUGAUGGACUGCAGCAACUUACAGGUCCCCAGUUCUCCAGAACCAAACAGCCUCAAAGGUUCCACAUCUCUGCUUGUUCACUCAGCUUCUGGAGCCAGGAAAGAGCAGGGUGCUGGCAGCCAUUCAGACGCUUGAAGAAAAACGGUCUCAUUAUCCUGGAAGCAAAUUAAUUUUACACUGGAGAUGACCGAUGUAUUUGUCUUAUAAAAGAACACUGUUGAGCUGGGAGAGUAGCCCAGUAGUAGAGCAUUCACCUGGAAUACUUGAGGACCUGGGUUCAUCUCCCAGCACUGAAAAAGAGAAUUCACUGUUACAGUCUUCCUUGCACUUAAACCAGCUUUGUCUACUGGUUUUUUUUUGGUUUAUCUUUUAUUUUUGUUGCUGUUGUUGUUGUUUAUUUGUUUGAGACAGGGGUUCUUUGUGAACCCUGGCUGUCCUGAAACUCCCUCUGUAGACCAGGCUGGCCUCAAACUUACAGAGAUUCUCCUGCCUCUGUCUUCUGAGUGCUGGGAGUAAGGUGUGGCCACCAUUGUCUGGCCUUUUGUCUACUGUUAAACUGGAAAUAAACAAUAGCCCAAAUUUCAAAAAUAAUAUAACGCAUUUAUACCUAAAAAAAAAAAAAAAAAACAGGAAUGUCCAGGUUAAUAAUAUUUUUUCAAUAUGGGGGUGGGAAGGGCAUUAGAGGAAUCUUCCUUCUGUUUAUGAAGAUUCUUUCAUUAAAAUAUUUUAAGAUAUUUUAUGUUCUUUCACUCUUUUGAUAUAAAUCUGGGAUUUUUCUUUGCUGAAGUAUUUAAAACUUAUUGUACCUCUAUAUGUAGAUAUAUAUUUGAAAAUAUGCUUAAUAUGUAUUUGAACUUUUUGAAAAUCCUAGAAAAUUGAAUCAAAUAUUUUUAUGAUGUUUUUCUAAUAUUUUAGCUAUUUUGCAACUGUGAUAGCUGUUGCACUGGGUUUUUAAGACACGUGUACAGCAGCCCCUUUACAGUAAAGAGAGUAGGUGUCACACUGGAGCAGUCACAGACUCUCCUACCUUCCCUGAAAGGCGGAACUAGCUGACAGUCUCCCUCCCUGACUGGGCUGCCCCUUUCCUCCUGCAUGUUUAUAAGUCAGCAGGUGAGAAGUUAAUUUUUUUAUGAAUUAGGACAAGCUUUCGAUUUCCUUUGUGUUUUAAGUGUUCCAUGACCACUCAAGAUUGGAUCAUGGCCAUUUAUAGUUACGCAUGCCUAUUUUUGUUUUAUUUUACUGUUUUAUUUUCUGAGACAGAGUCUCACUGUGCUGCUCUCCUCAGCUGUCUGGUGUUCAGUGUGUACCAGGCAGAUUGCAGAGAUCCACCCCUCUGCAGCUCACUCCUCUCUCCCAGCUGCUGGGGUUAAAGGCUUCAACCACCACGCUCAGCUUUUAUCUUUUUAAAAAAUGUAAACUUUAAAAAUGUUUUUAGAAUACUACAGACACAUUGUGUUGUAUCUUUCUUAGACACUGCAAAUUCCUAUCUGCAACUAAGCCUGCAAAAGGAAAUGUGCUAACAACAGGGGCAGGGAGAGCGUAGUGUAGCAAAUACAGUCAGUGUGAGAAGACACUGAAAGUGCUAAGGAAGUUUCUUAGUGUCUCUCCUUGAGGAUGAUCUGGAGCAAGGUUUUCUUGGAUACUUUGAGCCUGUUGGGCCUCUGUUAAAGUUUAAAAUGAAAAUUAUCAUGUACUGUAUGGAAAAUGUAAAUACUAAUUUUUCCACAAAUGUAAACUUCGGACACAAGAACUUUUUUGUGUGAUCUUUCCAUCAAUAAAAUUUUCUUUGUAUAAAA